AUGGCGUCAGGACAGACACGCAAGAUGCUGUCUCUCAGUGGCUGUGCCAUAUAUUUGUUAUUAACACUCGUUCCUGGCUCGAUCUCCUCCACGCUUCGACUUCACCAUGACCGGAGAUUCAUGCUCCCGCAGGACCGGGGUUUCUCUUUAGUGAGUGCACACAUGGAGCAAGCUGUAAGCCGUGUCGUGCGAAUGGAAAGGGAAGUCAGGGAGGCUUCAGACGCGCAUCAACAUCGCGUUCGGCGGAAUGCUGCUGAAGCACCCGUGCCAAAGGUUUAUGGAAGGGCCAACCUGAAUGACUCUCAUAAUCAGAUGGUCGUCCACUGGGCCGGGGAGAAGAGUGAUGUCAUAGUAGCGUUAGCAAGAGACAGUGUUGGUGCCACAGACCCCAAGACCAGCUCUGUGUAUGUGUCCUAUGACUAUGGAACCACCUUCACCCAUAUAUCAGAAAAAUUUCAGCUGUCUGGGGACAAGGAGGGCAAGAAACAGGUCAUCUCCCAGUUCUACCACAGCCCUGCUGACAAUAAACGAUACCUGUUUACUGACACCACAAACAGUUACCUGUGGAACACAUUUGACUUCUGCAAAAGUGUCCAGGGUUUCUCCAUCGCAUUCAAGCCCACAGACUUACUGCUGCAUAGUAAGAGGCCAAACCUGGUCCUCGGUUAUGUCAGUUCACACCCAAAUAAACAGCUGUGGAAAUCAGAUGACUUUGGUGAGACGUGGGUGUUGAUACAGGAACAUGUAAAGUCCUUCUUCUGGGGUGUGGAGCCAUACGACAACACCACCACAGUGUUCGUCCAGCGGAAUGAACCCCAAGGAGACUCUAGCAUCCUCAGCAGCACAGACUUCUUCCAGACUGAGCAAAAUCGCAGAGUUAUCCUGGAGAAGGUGGACAGCUUCCAGCUACGAGACAAGUACAUGUUUGCGACCACCACCAGGACAUUGUUGGGGAGCCAUGAACCUCAGUCUGUCCAGCUGUGGGUUUCCUACAACCGCCAGCCAAUGAGAGCAGCCCAGUUUAACACCCGCCACCCUAUUACAGAGUACUACAUAGCAGAUGCUUCAGAGGACCAGGUGUUCGUGUGCGUGAACCACAGUAACAAUGUCACACACCUGUACAUCUCAGACACACAGGGCCUGGCCUUCUCUCUUUCUCUGGAGAAUGUGUUGUACUACAGUCCUGAAGGCUCGGGCAGCAACACCCUCAUUAGGUACUUCGCCAAUGAGCCGUUUGCAGAUCUCCAUCGGGUGGAGGGGCUGAGGGGGGUGUUUGUGGCCACUUUGAUCAAUGGCUCAGUCAAUGAAGACAACAUGCGGUCAGUCAUCACUUUUGAUAAAGGAGGAACCUGGGAACUAUUGCAGCCACCUGCCUCAGACAGCCUGGGAGGAACCAUAGAAUGUCAGCUGGAUAGUGGCUGUUCCCUGCACUUGGCCCAGAGGUGGAGUCAGCUUUUGAAUAUUCAGUUGCGCAGGAUCCCUAUUCUGUCUAAAGAGUCUGCACCUGGUCUCAUCAUGGCAACAGGAUCUGUGGGAAAGAAUCUGGCAAACAAGCCCAAUGUGUAUGUUUCCAGCAGUGCUGGGAUCAGGUGGAGAGAGGCCCUGGCUGGUCCUCAUUUCUACACCUGGGGAGAUCAUGGAGGGAUCCUGUUGGCUAUCGCACAGGGCGGCUCCACCAGAACUCUCAAGUUCAGUACAAACGAGGGGGAAACCUGGAAAGAGUUCCAGUUCUCUGAGCAGGAGGUGUAUGUCUACCAGCUGCUGACAGAACCAGGGGAGAAGAGCACCAUCUUUACUAUCUUCGGGUCUUACGCAGACCAGACACAUAGCUGGCUCAUUGUGCAGGUCAACGCCAGUGAUGUACUUGGUGUGCCGUGCUUAGAGGGUGAUUAUAAACUCUGGUCUCCGUCUGAUGAGAGAGGAAAUGGCUGUCUGUUGGGCAGAGAGAUGGUGUACAAGCGCCGCUCUCCGCAUGCCACCUGCUUCAAUGGCGAGGACUUCGACAGGCCUGUAACUCUGUCAAACUGCUCCUGUUCACGUCAGGACUAUGAGUGUGAUUAUGGGUUUAAGCUGAGUGAGGAUCUGUCUCUCGAGGUGUGCAUGCCUGAUCCUGAGUUCUCUGGCAAUCUGUACGCCCCACCAGUGCCCUGUCCGGUGGGCACCACAUACCGCCGCAGCAAAGGGUACAGAAAGGUGCCUGGAGACAGCUGCAGUGGAGGAGAUGUUGAAGCUCGACUCGAUGGAGAAAUGCUGCCAUGUCCUGUAGGAGAGAGUAAUGAGUUUAUCCUGUAUGCGGUGAGGAACUCCAUCCACCGCUAUGAUCUGGCCACAGGCACUGACCAGCCGCUUCCCCUCUUGGGUCUCCAUGAGGCAGUUGCACUGGACUUUGACUACGAGAAGAACUGCUUAUACUGGGCUGAUAUUUCACUGGACACAAUACAGAGACUGUGUUUGAAUGGAAGCUCAGGACAGGAAGUGAUUGUCAAGAAGGACCUUCAAAACGUGGAAGCUCUGUCAUUUGACCCCAUCAGCAGGUUGCUGUACUGGGUGGAUGCAGGUGCUCGGAAAAUUGAGGUGUCCAACUCUGACGGAGAUCUGAGACGCACUCUGGUGAACGCUUCAGUGCUGGAGCACCCUCGAGCUCUGACUCUCAUGCCUGGAGAAAGCUUGAUGUUUUGGACUGAUUGGGGUGAUCGUGUGGCGGGCAUCUACCGCAGCUGGAUGGACGGUUCCAAUAUAUCCUGUAUUGUGUCAGAGGGAGUUCGCUGGCCCAAUGGCAUCACAGCCGAUGAGAACUGGCUGUAUUGGACAGAGGCGUACGGAGACCGCAUCGAGAGAUCUGACUUCAACGGAGGUCACCGCACUGUACUAAUGGAUAGCCUGCCUCAUCCCUAUGCUAUUGCAGUUUUUAAGAAUGACCUUUACUGGGAUGACUGGUCCAAAAUGGGCAUCUUCAAAGCUCCUAAAUCAGGCUCACCAGACAGUGAGUUGAUAGUGGGCAGAUUGACUGGAGUGAUGGAUCUUAAGAUCUUCUACAAGGGAAAAAACAGAGGUCAGAAUGCUUGUGCCGACCAGCCAUGCAGUCUGCUGUGUCUUCCCCAGCCUGGAAAUAAGCGUCAUUGUGUGUGUCCUGAUGGAGUUUCUUUCACGACCCUGCCAUCUGGAGAGCUCCAGUGCCAGUGUCCCAGUGGAUACCAGCUCCACAAUAACACAUGUGUUAAGACAGAAUACACCUGUUUGCCAAACCAGUACCGCUGCUCCAAUGGAAAGUGCAUCAGCAGCAUCUGGAAGUGUGACAGUGACAAUGACUGUGGCGACAUGAGUGAUGAGCAGGAGUGCCCCACCACUGCUUGUGAUCCUGCGGUACAGUUUCGCUGUGUGGCCUCUGGUUCUUGCAUCCCGCUGACCUUUAAGUGCGACCACGAGGAUGACUGUGGAGAUAACAGUGAUGAGGAGCACUGUGAGUCUCAUCAAUGUGGGCUUGCAGAGUUCACCUGUGCAAGAGGUGUGUGUAUUCGGGAUGCCUGGCGAUGUGAUGGGGACAAUGACUGCAGGGACUGGUCAGAUGAAGCCAACUGUACUGUGGGCCACCACACAUGUGAGAGUAGCAGUUUCCAGUGUCACACGGGUCAUUGUAUUCCUCAUCGCUGGGUGUGUGACGGAGAUGAUGACUGUCAGGAUGGUUCAGACGAGGACCCAACCCACUGUGGGGGUGAAAAAUGCAACGGCUUCCUGUGUUCUAACGGAACCUGCCUGCCAGCGAGUGUUCACUGCAAUGGCGUGGAGGACUGUCUAGGGGGUGCUGAUGAGCAACACUGCGAUCCGCUCUGCACACGGUAUAUGGAGUUUGUAUGCAGGAAUCGAGCACAGUGUCUGUUCCAGUCUCUGGUGUGCGAUGGCACUCGGCACUGUGCUGACGGAUCCGAUGAGGAUGCAGCGUAUGCUGGCUGCUCAACUAAUCCAGAGUUUGAGAAAACGUGUGAUGGCUACAACUUCCAGUGCACCAAUGGAAUGUGUGUGACUCUGGAGUGGAAAUGUGAUGGCAUGGAUGACUGUGGGGACUACUCAGACGAGGCCAACUGUGCUUCGCCGACUGAAGAGCCAGGCUGCUCACGUUACUUCCAGUUCGAGUGUAAGAACGGCCGCUGUGUGCCUGCCUGGUGGAAGUGUGAUGGGGAAAACGACUGUGGUGACUGGUCAGAUGAAGCACAAUGCUCAGGUGGCGGAACUGUUCACACACCUGCUCCGGGUCCAGUUACCUGUGCUCCCAAUCGUUUCCGCUGCGGUUCUGGCGCGUGUAUUGUGGACACCUGGGUCUGUGAUGGCUAUGCAGAUUGUCCUGAUGGCAGCGAUGAAGUGGGCUGUCCCACAGCCAAUGGUUCUGUGACUCCAGUGGCAACUCAUGUUCCUCCACCAUCAGGCCGCUGCACUAAAGAUCAGUUCCUCUGCCUAAAGCCCCAGACCUGUAUCCCUGACUGGAAGCGCUGUGACGGACACCCUCAAUGCCAAGAUGGGUCUGAUGAGGCCAACUGUCCCACCCGUGGGCCGUUGCUCUGUGUGAAUGGUACCCUCUGUGCGGAUGGUGAGGCAUGUGUUCUCAACAGUGAGAGGUGUGAUGGCUUUAUGGACUGUUCUGAUCACAGUGAUGAAGACAACUGCACCGUGGAUUCACUGGUCUACAAGAUCCAAAAUCUGCAGUGGAGCGCCAACUUCUCCGGUGCUGUAACGCUCACAUGGUCGAGACCCAAAAACAUGCCAGCAACCUCCUGCUCCUUUAUCAUCUACUACAGGCCGGUGGGUAUCCAGCAGUGGACUGUUAUGGACACAAACAGCAAUAAAGGCAGUGCCACUCUGACUGUGUUGAUGCCGGAUACCACCUACCAAGUGAAGGUGCAGACUCAGUGUCUCAGCAAGCAGCACAAGACCAAUGAGGUGCUCACGCUGCGCACACCAGAAGGAUUGCCGGAUCGUCCACAGGGUCUGCAACUGAGCUGUGACAACGAAGAGGAUGGAACAGUGCUGUGCUCCUGGAGCCCCCCAGAUAAAGCACAUGGACUCAUUAGGGAGUAUAUUGUGGAGUACAGUGAAAAGAACAGUGCAGAGUGGUUUUCUCAGCGUAGCUCUGGCACAAGUGCACAAGUGAAGAACCUGCAGCCCAGCUCGCUCUACAGAUUCAGGGUUGCUGCCGUCACAAGCAGAGGGGUUGGAAACUGGACAGAAAUUAAAUCCAUCGUUCCUCAAAAAGCUCUGUCUCCACCUACCGUUAAGAUCACUAGCAUCACGGAGGACUCUAUGGAUUUGUCCAUUACCUCUGAUUAUAAGGUAAAGGAAUAUGUUGUCAUCAUUUCAUGGGUGUUUGACGAACAUGUAAAGGAGAGCUUGAAUUACACAGUUUCUGGAAUAUUGAAAGCCACUAACCUGACAGCGGGGACUGUGUAUGAGGUGGCUGUGUGGGCUCACACAGAUGAUGGAGACAGUCCGACUGCACUGUCCCGCCAGCAGACCGAAGGCACCAGACCUGACCAGCCCUCACUUAAGGCCCGUGCACUUAACCAGACUGCUGUGGACUGCAGCUGGACUGGUCCUCAGGCUGAGAUGUAUGGAGUGUUCUAUGCCACCUCUUUCCUGGACCUGUAUCGCAGACCUCACCGGCAGAUCACCACCUCCAGCAGCCUGACUGUCAUUGUAGACAGCGAUGAGCAGUACCUCUUCCUGGUGAGGGUGAUCUCUCCAUACCUGGGUCCUCCAUCUGAAUAUGCCGUAGUGAAGAUGAUCCCCAGUGAGCGACUUCCACCCCGAAACCUACAUAAAGUACGAGUGGAGAAGACACAGGCCACUCUGAAGUGGCAGCCGCCUUACGAUUCUCCCAGCAGUCCUCUGACGUAUGCAGUGCACACGAGAGACAUGGUUCGUAAAACAGAGCGAGACUAUAAGGUGAGCACUCAGAAUAACACAGUGGAGUACACGUUGAAGGGCCUGGAGGCUGGAGGACGCUAUAGCAUCACCAUCAGACUGCUCAACAUGAGCAAAGAGGCCAGCUACACACUCAACACCGUUCCUCUGCCUGCACCUGAGGCCCUCAAGAUCUUAGAAGAACAGGACCAUGUGUUUCUCUUCUGGAAGAGUCUGGCUGUGAAGGACCAAAGCUUCAAUGAGAGCAGGGGCUAUGAGGUGUAUGUGCAUGACAGUGUGACCAACUCCUCUACGUGUUUGGGCAACACCACAGAGACGUUCUUCAGGAUCAACAGCCUGCUGGUUGGCCAUAACUACACAUUCUCAGUGAGGGCGCGCUGCCUACUCAACAACCAGCUGUGCGGAGAUGCUGCAGUGCUGUUGUAUGAUGAACUGGGGAAAGGAGCAGGUCCCAAUGAUGCUGCAGCUCAGUCAGGUAAAUCAGGAGACGUGGCAGUGGUUGUGGUUCCAGUGUUGUUCCUGCUGUUGGUAGGUGUGUGUGGAGGUCUUGUGGUGCUUUACCUCAGACACCGUCGGCUACAGCACAGCUUCACCGCCUUUGCUAACAGCCACUACAACUCUCGUCUGGGCUCUGCCAUUUUCUCCUCAGGAGAUGAGCUGGGUGAUGAUGAUGAAGAUGAUCCAAUGAUCUGUGGCUUUUCAGAUGACGUUCCCAUGAUGAUUGCAUAGCUGGAUGACUCUUUCUCUUCUCCUCCUUCACUCCUCCCUCCACCUCCUCAUCACAUUUUCUUACCUGCCCAUCUGGCACACCUUCAAGCUACCGAGCACCCUUCCUCUCGAACCCCCGUAAACUUAGAUAGGCUGAAUGUAGGUUUCAGGACCCCAAGGAAGAAACGAAAGCAUGGAGCGAAAGAGAUAUUUUUCCAUAUAAGAUGCACUUUUUUUCGGAUGCGCAAUAACUUAUUUUUUUAUAUAUUAUAAAUGUGGGUAUUGGACUUUGUAGGCAUUAACUGAAGCAAGUGAAGGAGUUUGUUAACUGAUCAGCAGACUCACCGAACAGAGCAAAGACCCUUAUUGUACAACAAACUCACGCGAGCAUUACAUUUGCUUAAAGCCAAAAUAAGCACCUAGAUAUGGGUGCAUCAGUGCAAAAACAAACAAAAAACACACAAAAGGAAAAAGUCAACAAAAAUCAAACCUCAUUUUUGUGUACAGAAGGAAAAAAAUGAAUCAAUGAAUGCUAAUGAAAAGGGAAGGAGGUACAUAGGCUGUCGACAGCAAAUUCCACAGGAUUUGAUUUUUUCUACAUAUGCUCGAUUUGUGUCACUUUAUGUCAGUAGGCCUGCAUUUGUCCACAGUACCUUGUUUACACUUUUUAUCCAUUUGUUAAUUUUUUUGGUCAGCAAUAGAUUUAUCCCCUCUGCUUUUUGAAAAUGUGAAAUUUGUUACCUAGUUUGGUUGUUUUAUCAGUUAUUUUAAGAUAAGAAUCAUCUUAAGACAAAACAAAAUGUCUUGCAGACAAAAACAUCUCGGUAACAGUUAUGUUAUGUGUUGUAUAGUCCGUACAAAUCACUUGUGCUCACUGCUGUAUUCCUUUGAUUUAUCCUACCGGUACUCAUUUUAUCUAGCAAAAAAUACUAUUGCAUAUCCUGUGUGCUGCCAUGGUUUUAGUCCUUUAGUGUUCUCAGGGAACUGGGUUAAUGUAGAUUGUGCCAGCGUUAUCAGUCACACUGCCACAGGCAGCGCAGUGUGUUGGUUUCUGAGAAUCUGUACAGUAGUUCCAAAUUGCAAUGAAGCCCGUGCAGCUCUUGGCAGAGCAUAAGGCUUUAUUCUUGUCUCUUGUGCCAAGCUUACAGAAAAGCAGAGGGUAGAGCAGCCAUCUUGCCUUCCCUAUACGUUGUGAAGAGGUACAUGUGUUAAAUCCAUGUUUCAUUUUAACUGGAUUGCGGGUGUUGCGUAAAAGAUUUGUUUUAUGAAUGUAUUGUUUUUUUUUUUUGUUUGUUUUUUUCAAAUCUGUUUCACCUAAUUUUUUUGUAACUUGUGUUGUGGUGACCAGAAAAAAGAAAAAUGGUUACAGUCUACUCCCUCUUUCUCUAAAAGGAUAAUUAACCCAAAAAUAUAUUUAAUUAUUUUCUCACCCUUGUGUUGUUUCAAACCUGAAUGACUUUCCUCUGAUGAAUAUAAAGUGAGAUGUUACGCAGAAUUUUUGCCUCAGUCAACAUUCACUUUCAUUUUGUGGAAACAAAUAGAAGCAUCAACAUUCUUAAAAUUUUCUAAAAUGGGGUUGGAACUACACGAGGGUGAGUAAAUGAUGACAGUUUUGAUUUGUUGGUGAACUAACCCUUUAAAGGUCAUUUUAAAUUAGGUUUAUUGACAGUUUACAUUCAAUUGCGUGUUCAUUAUUAAUAAUCUCCAUUGUUUAUUGAAACAAAUCUAUACAGUUAAUAGUAGUUAUGGCAGUUUUAAGUGAAAUUGUUUCUUUAAGUACCACAUUGCCUUAUUACAACACACUGAGUAAUAUAUGUAGCAGUAUGUCAAAGUGAUCACACAUGAACACACUCACAAAAAUGUAAAAAAGUAAACAAGAUGACAAUUGAAUAAAAAAAGACUGAAUAAUUAGAUAGAAAAUGUGUGUAUUGACAUAUUGUGAAUUACCACUGUAUAACGUUUUGAAGUUCUAGUGCAGCACUUGUGUGAAUUCUGAGCCACCGUUUUUCUUUUUAUUGUUUGUAUUUCUUAUUUACAACUAUUUGUGACAAUGUUUGAACAUUUAUUUUUGGUCGAUAAGAUGUAAAAUGUUGACAUAGCAGUAAUGUUGGGCACCGCCAUGUUUAAGUCUUUGAUCUUGCCUGCCUACUGAAGGUUUUAAAGAUACAAAUAUUUUAAGUGGUACCAUCUGAGAUGUUUUAUGAACCACUUAUGAUUAAAUAAAUGUAGAAAACUGUUGAAUUUGGCUCCUCUUACUCUGUAGCAGUGGGAUCGUCUGAUAAUCAAUACUUCACACUUUAUAACAGCCAAUUAAUUUACAGUGUUAACACUUAAUAAAGCCAAAGUACAUUCUUUUCUGCUCUUUGAAGUUCAGACCCAUUAGUGGAAUUUGACCAUGUUAAUGUGUGUGAGACUGUAAUGAAGUAUUCAUCAGGAAUCUCCUUGAGAGUUCCCUCACAGCUAAUCAUAUUUUUUCCUAUAAGGUUAGGUUUCAAAAGCUCAAGCAAAAUUACAUUUAUCAUUAUAGGGUCAUUUUAGUGCAUGCAUUUAUCCAAAGCAACAUACAGUGCUGUUAUAGAAACAAACACUUCUUAAAGUACCUGGUGUUAAGUGCCUUGCUUAGGGGCACAAUUUUGGUUCAAAGCCUACAUUUGACACAAAACCACCUAUUUAUAAGCCUGAUUACACAUGAUUUAUUUUUAUUUUUUAAAAUAAGGAUACCUAAAACAAACAGUUUGCAUAAUUUGCCAGUCACAGCUUGCAGACCUUAUGCCCUGUGUUUAUUGAUGUGUGGGAUUUAUCUGAACCACAAUUAGACAUGUUUAUAGAAGUGGUACGUCUUUAUUUACAGUGUGUUCCUGUCCCUGUUUAUUUACUUGUCUCCCUUUAUUUAUCCUCACACCACUCUCCAACACAAUUUUUUCUUCAUUCGUUUUGUUGAUUUUUAUUGAACGACCAGAAAUUUUACAAACAUCUACAAGAAAAAGUAAUGGGCACUUAUACAAAAUUUCCCAUUGAACUACUCCAACACAGUUGUAGAGACAUUGCUUACAUCUGUGAUGUCAUAGGGAGCGCACGGCUCACUGAACUUAAGCUGAGGUUUCACAACUGAAUGUUUAAAAGGAUGGUUCACCCAAACAUUACAAUUCUUUCAUCAUUUACUCACCCUCAUGUCAUCCCAGAUGUGUAUAACUUUAUUCUGAGAGCACAAAUGGAGAUGGUGGCCAGAACUUUGAAUGUGCAAAAAGCACAUAAAGCCAGCAUAAAUGUUAUCCACAUGACUCCUUAAAUCCAUGUUUUCUGAAGUGAUAUGAGAGGUGUGGGUGAGAAACAGAUCAAUAUUUAAGAUAUUUUUUUUACCAUAAAUUCUCUUCCCUGCCAAGUAGGUGGCAAUAUGCACAAAGAAUGUGAAUCGCCAAAAACAAAAGAAGCAGAAUGUGGAAGUUAAAUUAAAAGUGGAGAUUUAUAGUUUAAAAGCACUUAAAUAUUGAUCUGUUUCUCACCCAUGCAAUUAUGUGUAUGCAUUUGGCAGACACUUUUAUUUAAAGAGACUUUCAUCGUAUUCAAGGUAUACAUUGUAUCAGUUUGUGUGUUCCCUGGGAAUCAAACCCAUUAUCUUAGCAUUGCUAGCACAAUGCUCUCCCAGUUGAGCUUCAGGAACACAGCUGUCAAAUCGCUUCUGAAGAUAUAGAUUUAAUUACUGGAGUCAUAUUGAUUACUUUUAUGCUGCCUUUAUGUGCUUUUUGGACUUUCAAAUAUCGCUACACCAUUCACUUGCAUUAUAUGGAGCUACAGCGCUGAAAUAUUCUCCUAAAAAUCUUCUUUUGUGUUCAGCAGAAUAAAGAAACUCAAACAUAUCUGAUGGUACGAGGAUGAGAAAAUGAUCAUAGAAUUUUCCUUUACGGGUGAACUAUCCCUUUAAGAGACAAGAUAUCUAUACAGAACCUUGUCCGUAGCUCCAACCGGUGUUUGUGAGAGAAAUUCAUCUUUGUUUUACAUUAAUAUUUCAAUAUGGAGAUGUUUUUGUGUACACCAACAGGGUGAAUAUCUAUAAUGACAGUGAAACGAAUACUACCAUAAUGUACGUAUUCAAUUUAACAUUACAAAUAGGUUAAUAAUACGUUACAAUUUGUGUAUUUUAUAUCUUUACAAUUAAAAAAGGUGUAUUUAUUCCUGCUUCCACCACCAGAGGUCUCUCAUGCAUUAAUUAACGUCUGACGUCGUCUUCACGGACAUGUUUGUACCUUCUCUUAUUUCUUCCGUCGUUUGGCGGGAAGAACAGUUUCAACCAAAAAAAGACAGGUAACAGUUCCUACAAAAGCAAGAAGUACUUUAGUGCUCCAGGUGAUCAGAUCUGGGAUGUCCAAUUGCUAUAAAUACACAGAAUUCUUCAUUUUCCAUGAAAACAGAAUGCAAACGGAAGACA